UUUUUUUCUUUUCCUUGAAAAAUCAAAGGAAUCGCGAACAAAAAAGCGUUCUCCAGAAACGACGAAGACGAAGCCCUUUUGCAACUAACAUUCAAAUUGAUCGGCCAAAUGAGCAGUAGAUCUCACCAACCACCAACUGCAUCCACUCUCGAUCUAUGAUCUCCGCUUCCAAUUGAAUCGAAAGAUCGAAGAAUCAGUUGAUUCAGAGGAGAGGAAGAUAUGGCAGGAGCAGCUUCGGCGCUGUUCCUACUGGAUAUUAAGGGUAGGGUUCUCGUGUGGCGCGAUUACCGUGGUGACGUCACCGCCGUGCAAGCCGAGCGCUUCUUCACCAAGCUAAUUGAGAAAGAUGGUGAUCCAGAGACACAGGAUCCUGUUGUGAACGAUAAUGGGGUUACGUAUAUGUUUAUACAGCACAACAAUGUGUAUCUCAUGACUGCAUCGCGGCAAAACUGCAAUGCUGCUAGCCUCCUUCUAUUCCUUCACCGUGUUGUUGACGUGUUCAAACACUACUUUGAAGAGUUAGAAGAGGAAUCGCUUCGGGAUAAUUUUGUUGUAGUGUACGAGUUACUUGAUGAAAUUAUGGACUUUGGCUACCCACAAUAUACUGAAGCGAAGAUUCUUAGUGAGUUCAUAAAGACUGAUGCUUAUCGAAUGGAAGUUACACAGAGGCCUCCAAUGGCUGUCACUAAUGCAGUGUCGUGGCGCAGCGAAGGCAUACGGUACAAGAAGAAUGAAGUAUUUCUUGAUGUUGUGGAAAGUGUCAACAUACUAGUAAAUAGUAAUGGCCAGAUAAUUAGGUCAGAUGUUGUUGGCGCAUUAAAGAUGCGAACAUACUUGAGUGGUAUGCCUGAGUGUAAGCUUGGGCUGAACGAUAGAGUUUUGCUGGAGGCACAGGGGCGCGCUACUAAGGGAAAAGCCAUUGAUCUGGACGACAUCAAGUUUCACCAGUGUGUGCGCUUGGCUCGAUUUGAAAAUGACCGUACAAUAUCCUUCAUACCUCCUGAUGGAUCCUUUGAUCUCAUGACAUACAGGCUCAGCACUCAGGUAAAACCUCUUAUAUGGGUAGAAGCUCAGGUAGAAAGACAUUCCAGGAGCCGAAUAGAAUUUACAGUAAAGGCGAGGAGUCAGUUCAAGGAGCGUAGCACUGCUACAAAUGUGGAAAUUGAGUUGCCUGUGCCACCUGAUUCUACAAAUCCCAACGUUCGUACAUCAAUGGGGUCCGCUUCUUAUGCACCAGAAAAUGACGCAUUGGUUUGGAAAAUAAAAUCUUUCCCAGGUGGCAAGGAAUAUAUGUUGAGAGCUGAGUUUAGGCUUCCCAGUAUAGAAUCUGAGGAAUCUGGUCCUGAAAGAAAGGCUCCUAUACGAGUCAAGUUUGAAAUACCGUAUUUUACCGUUUCAGGAAUACAGGUUCGUUACUUGAAAAUCAUUGAAAAAAGUGGGUAUCAAGCACUUCCAUGGGUGAGAUAUAUAACAAUGGCCGGUGAAUAUGAACUCAGACUUGUUUGAUCGCACUACUCCGAUAAAUUAGCUCAUUAACCGAGGAAGAUGCACGCACGUAUUAUGUAUCUAUCAUCUGGCCCUGCUUGAAGAGGUUAGGCUGUAGGGAAAAUCAUUAUCGUCGUCCAAGUUCUACUUCUGCUUCUAUCAUGAUGCCACCAAAUUCAUUUGCUGUAUUUUUUUUUCUUUUCUUUUCUUUUUUUUUUUUCGUUUUUUUCAAACGCAAGUUUUUGGAAUGAGAUAAAUUUGUGAGUGCCUUGUACAAAACCUGAUACUAUACUUCUGAAUAUAAAUUUGGUUGUUAAGAAACUAACUUGUCGAGAGUUUUGUCGA